AUGCGACUCGUCAACGUAUAUACGCUCGAACUAGAGGAGUUCUUCGAUGCGGACAUCCCGGAAUACGCGAUUUUGUCCCACACGUGGGGCAAGGACGAAGUGACAUUCCAAGACCUUUGCUGGCUAGCAGAUUACGACAAAAACCGAACAAUCUAUGCGUCCCUCGAGGGCUUGCUCUCCAAUCUUGGACAGAACAUGCAAGCAAAGGCGGAUUCCAUACGGCAGCGAUGUGGUUACGACAAGAUUGUACAGAGCGCCCGUCUUGCUAAGGAAAGAUACCUAGAAUAUGUUUGGGUCGACACUUGUUGCAUCGACAAGACCAGCAGCGCCGAGUUAUCGGAAGCGAUUAACUCCAUGUAUCGCUGGUACGAAAAAUCCAAAAUCUGCUUUGCAGUUCUGUCGGACGUUACUUCGACUGGUGACACUCGGACUGGUGUGCGUUUCGAAGAUAGUCGCUGGUUUACCCGCGGCUGGACAUUGCAAGAACUCCUGGCACCUAGGGAAGUUCUUUUUUAUGAUGGACGAUGGACUAAGGUUGGGACCAGAAAGCAUAUGGCGGAUCGACUGCACCAUAUCACUAGUAUCCCCAUAUCCGCUUUGGGACGCAACGUAUGGCAUGGAGAAUUAGUGAAAGGCGACUUCUCCCUCGCGCAGAGGAUGUCGUGGGCUAGCCAGAGGCAGACGUCCCGCAAAGAGGAUGUGGCGUACUGCUUGCUUGGUUUGUUCGACAUCAAUAUGCCGCUUCUCUACGGGGAAGGGGAAAGGGCCUUCGUUCGACUACAGCAAGAAAUCAUCAAGCAAUUCUCUGGCCAGAGCAUCCUAGCCUGGGGCAUGAACCGACCUUUGACAGUCGGUUCGCUCCGCUCAAAAAGCUCGCCUCCUACCAUUUUCGCGCCUUCCCCUGUCGAAUUUGCAGAUGCGAAGAUACUUGACGGUGACAACCAAGGCGUCCCUUUCCAGUUAAACAACAGAGGCCUCCAGAUACCACUGGAAAUUUUCAACAUUGUCCACCCAGACAUCUGCUGCGCACCAUGGGACGUCAUGUUCGAACACGAUAACAUGGAAGAUGGCGGUCAUAUUUGCCUUCUCCAACCUCUUUUACAGGUUGGAAACGCCCGGGAGUACAUAUACAUGGAGGACGGUCAAGAAAUGAUGAAGUGCGCAUGGCCAGUCCCUGUGGUACACUCGCGUCUCCCGUUGUCAAGGAGUCGAAAAAAGAUAUUGGUUAUGGAACUUCAUCAGCCAACACAGUUAACUAAUGCCUUCCGGUAUCUUGGUCUCCACUUUGACUUCGAUGCAGAAGCUACAGUGGUUGAGUCGUUCCCACCAGUCUUCAGCGAUAACAGGUUCUGCAUGGACGUCACUAGGGGCGUUCUUUUGUUUCGUUUCGUCCUCUCGGACACAUACGCGGACCUUCCUACGGCCAAGGGACACCCGGUGAAACAGUUUGUGGUAGCAGUUGACAUUGAAAGUGACAGUCGAGGCUUCAAGCUUGGUGAUCAAGGCUUCGAACGUAGUGCAACUGCCGUGUGUGCCUGGACGGGCUACGUGGGGGAUGGAACCGGUAGGAAAGGAGGACCAUACGUGUCACUACUCGACGCCUUCCUCGGCGAGGAGAAAUUGUUGGACAUGAAUCAAUGGACUGACGAUCGCAUCACAUAUGACGACAGAGUGCUAUCUGUACAUGUGGACGUCCGGUCGGAUUCCAAGGGACAUCUUUGUCCUGAUAUUGAGUUUGAGCUUGUUUAA